AUGGCCGACUACCUUCAAAUUAAUAUUAUCAUUUUCUGCUAUAAAAAGGCCUUUAUACUUAUUUACAAUCUCACCAUUUAUCAUGGGAAAGAAAAAAAAUUAAGGACUGAAGUGAACAAGGAAAGAUGUCAACUUGUUAAGGUGUACGUAUAUGAAAAUCGAAUUGCAGGUAAGGAUCUAUGGCCGGAACUGGUUGGUAUUAAUGGGGAGGCAGCAACUGUCAAGAUCAUGAGUGAAAACCCAAAAGUUCAGGCACAAACUGUGAAGGAAGGUUCCCCGGUUUCUGGAUAUUUCCGCUGCGACAGGGUUCGGGUGUUCAUUGAUGACACUAACACUGUCAGUCGAGUUAAUUCAAUCGGUUAA